CUUCCUUUUCUUCUUUUUCUUCUGCUUCUGCUUUUUUUACUUGAACUUGACCAAAUCUUCGCUUACUACUGCUAAGAACAAGUGUUAGCUUUUGCUGCUGAAUCUGAUCACUCUCAUGGCUGCUGAAACUGUUGCCUCACUUCAAAUUCCUACCACUGAUGAGCAAGUUGAGAAGAAGACCAUUGAAGGAGAAAAGGCUAUCGAACAAGAUGGUGUUUCUUUAACCAAACAAAAUGGAGGAGAAGUGCACAAAACUGAGGAUUUAGAGAGUCUAUCAACACCAUCCAAGCCUCCGGCAAUUGAGGCUGAGAAGGCUGCUGAUGCUCCCGCGCAAGAUGUUCCGCUUGUAGAAGAAACAAAAUCGGAAAGUGAAGCCAUUCCUGAUUCACAAGCACUCGAUAUCCCAAAGCAUGUGGUUGAUGCUGUUGAGAGCCCGAUAGAGGUUCAGAGUGCAAUUGAGUCUGUAGAAAGAGAACUGCCCAAAGAAGUGGCCACAGAUAGCACUGAAAUAGGUCAGGUGGAGCAACCAAAGAUUGUUGGUGCUCCUGUGCAAGAUGUUCCGCUCGUAGAAGAAACAAAGGCGGAAAAUGAAUCCAUUCCUGAUUCAGAAACACUCAAUAUUCCAAAGCAAGUGGCUGAUGCUGUUGAGAUCCCGGCAGAGGUUCAAAGUGUAGUUGAGUCUGUAGUGAGAGAAGCACCGAAAGAACCAUCCAUAGAUAGCAUUGAAGUAGGGCAAGUGGAGGAACCGAAGAUAGUUGAUGCUCCUCUAUCAUCAGUUGAAGCCAUUGAGAAACCAGAGGAGCCAUUGGAGGUCACUUCGGACGAAGGAUCCAUAGCACCAGUCCUAGAAAAGAUUAAAGACUCAAAACCAGAGUUUUUUGAAGUGAAGGACAAACUAGAGGAACCAAAUAUAGUUGAUGCUCCUCUAUCAUCAGUUGAAGCCAUUGAGAAACCAGAGGAGCCAUUGGAGGUCACUUCAGACGAAGGAUCCAUAGCACCAGUCGUAGAAAAGAUUAAAGACUCAAAACCGGAGUUUUUUGACGUGAAGGACAAACUAGAAGAACCUGAGCAAGUAGAGCCUGAAGAGAUUGUGCAGGAUGAGACGGUGAAAGAUGAGGGCUCGAUAACUGUAAAGGCUGAGCCUACCAGAGUCUUGAAGGAAGGGAAAACUGAAACAAAGGACGCACCUAGUCUAGCUGUGGAGGAAAAAACAGAACAGCCCAAACUUGUGGAACAAGAAAAGAAACAUGAUGAAGUUGGGCCUGAGGAAAGUGUGGAGGUUGAAAAGGUGAAAGAUGAAGGAUCUUCAGUUGAUAAGGUUGAAGAUUCAACGGUCGUGGAAGAAGCGAAAAAUGAUGAAGAUAACAAGCCUAGUCUAAUUGAAAAUCUUGAGGAGGCUUCACUUAGUCGAGAAGCUCAAAUUGAAGUACAAGAGGAAGGGGAUGCUUCUCUACCUGAUGUCACAGAAAAGUUAGCUACCGAGGACGAAAAGAAAGAAAUAAGUGCAGUUGAUGUGGUUGAGAAGCUAGCAGAAGAGCCAGCUGUGGAGACUGAAAAGGUCGGGGAAGAGAGUGUGGAAACCAAAGAGAAUGAGAAGAGCAAUGUGAUUCCUUUGGAUUCAACUCAAAUAAUUAAAGAAGACAAAAAUAAGGAAUCAAGUGGGGUUGAUGUGGUUGAGAAGCUAGGGGACGAGGAAGGUGUGGAACUGGAAAAGGUUGGAGAAAAGAAGGUGGAGACUGCAGCGGAUGGAAAGAGAGAUUUGGUAACUGAGGAUUCAAUUCAACCAAUCAUAGAGGAACAAAGGAAAGAAUUAAAUGGAGGUGAUUUGAUUGAGAAGCUAGUAGACGAGGAUGUAGUGAAGUUGGAAAAUUUUGGAGAAGAGAAUGUGGCAAAGGAUGUCAUAACUGAAGAUAAUGAAGAGAGGAAUGUGAUAUCUGAGGAUCCAACUCUGCCAAUUGAGGAGAGUAAAAAGAAAGAAUUAAGUGGCUCUGAUGUGGCUGAGAAGCUAGCAGAGGAGGCGGUAGUGAAGGUGGAAAGUGGAGGAGAAGAGAUGGUGGCAAAGAAUGGCAGAAUUGAAGAGAAUGAAAAGAUAAAUGAAAAAAUUGAGGAUUCAACUCAACCGAUCGAUGUGGUUGAGAAGGUAACAGAAGAGGCAGUGGUGGAAACAGAAAAGCCUGCAGAAGAGAAUGAAACAAAGAAUGUGAAAUUUGAAGACGACAAAAACAAAACUGUACUUGAAGAGGAUGUCAAAAACUCUAUUACUUUUCCCACUGAAUUUAUAGAAAAAUCAUUUGAGGGAGCUGCAAAGGAUGCUGAACCUGCGGUGGAAACUGAAGCUGCAGAAAAGAUACAAAAUGCGACUCCAUCUGAUGUUGAAACCAAGACAGGUAAGAGUGCGGAGGAGAAGCCGGACGAAGUCAGUACAGCUGUUGAAGUUGAUGAAUCAGAAGUGAAAGGAGAGGAAACUGUUAAAACAGAUGCUGAUAGAUUGGAGAAAAUUAUGGACGAAGUUGCGAAACCUGACCAGAACGUAGAGCCUCCUCCCACCAAGGAUGGUGAUCAAGCAAAACCCCCCGAGGACCUGCCAAAGGAAGUUCCAGCUAAGUCCUCUCAGAAACAGUCGAACAACCUUCUGUCAAAGGUAAAACAUUCGCUGGUGAAGGCGAAGAAGGCUAUCAUUGGUGGGAAAUCUCCAAGCUCGAAAAAUCCUGCUAUCGGAACCAAGGAGGAUAUCAAAGUUAAAUAA